AUGAUCGACGACAUCAUAGCGAGCAAAUGGAGUCGAAUCAAUGGAAAUAACGUGCAAAAUAAGAUGCAGUGCAAAAGCUCGCCUGAGGAGCAAGUCAAACCGCGCAAAAAGCAUAAAUCACUAACAAACGAAGAGUUUUUGAUUAGUUUAAAAAUGAAGGAAAAACGCAUCUUUCAAACGAUGCAGUGUUUGCAACCUGUAGAUCCAGACGCGCAAAAGUACCACAUCCUUCAGAAGCACAAACAACAUCUUCAACAGGCAAUCAAAUUAUUUUCAUUGGACAUGCAACAGAGGAGCAUCCAUCUUUUCAAACAUAUUGCCGUCACAAUACUCGAACGAUAUCCCACACAUUUGAUAAUCAAAACACUGCCGAAAGUCGAUCGGAACCGACCUUACUUACGUGAAGCACACAAAUUUAUUAAACGUGAAAAGGUUUCUUGGCCCGCUAUCAAGGAUGAAAUCAUUUUGUUGAACUACUUAUUCAAUCCAAAGCAUCAUGUGAAUGAAAAUGAAGCAAUUUUGAUUAUUGUUUUGCUGUUGGACUUGCAACAGGAUUUUCGAUUGGCCAUCAAACGUUCCACCAUGCGAUUUUUGUUGAGCUAUACGGAUCGAAGGAAGCAAUUAGCAUUGGAAAUGGAUCCAAAUGUGUUGGAUUUUCCGAUCGUAACCGUACGUGGUCCCGUUUCAUGGAAAUGUAAUUUUCAAUUGGCUACCAACCGAUUGGAUCAGGUAUUAAUGGUAACGCAUCCAGUUUUACAGGCAAUGAACUACUUGUGGUAUGAGCUAUACGAUAGUUUCAUUGUGUUCGAUACGACAAAAAGCUAUGGACAGAAAAUUCCUUUACAUUUUGAUGUUUUGACCGAAUUGAUUCAUAAUUGCUGCAUGAUAGCCCGAGACAUUUUGAUGAAUGACUGGCUGCCGCGCUGUGCCGAUUUGGUCGACGCAAUGAUUGAUUAUUGGAAAAAUUUGGUGCCAAUGAAGUCGAAAGAUGGCGGACGUGCUGCCAUUCUAUUUCGCUGUAUUCACGCAAUGAUGUCAGGGCAGGUGCAACGGCUUAUCAAACGCAGCAUUGACCAUUUUUUUAAUGCUCUUACCAUUUAUAAGGAAGGAAAUCAAGUCGAUAAAUACGACUUAAAUCAUCCAAAGUUGAUACAUCGCCCAUUUAUGACGCUCUAUAUAAUGGCGGUUGGAAAAUUUUAUGACAAUUUCCAUGAUUUACCGGCUGCUAAGCCAAACCAUUUCAAUUUGUAUGCGAACAACGAUGAAGACGACCCCACUAUUUGGACCGAUAAAUCGAUGCCAAAGACAAAACCAACUGUAAAUUUAACCAACGAAUCAGCGUUUGUGCUGAAGGAAAGCGGAAAACUACUCGUUAAGCCAUACAUUGAGGAAUUACCCGAACUAUUUGUUAGCUAUUUCAAGGAAAUUCUACGCGUCGGUUAUAACAUACCCCGUCUUGAAUAUUACAUGUCACACGACAAUGAACAAUUCGGCCAAUUACACAUUAUCGAUGAGAAUCAUGUCGACAUGCUGCGUUUGUAUGCGGAUGUACGCGAAAUUGUGGCGGCAAAUCAAUUGGGACCGAGAAUUUAUCUCUAUCCAAUUUAUACGUAUUAUUCUUCAUUAUUGUCGGAUAAAAUUAAAUUGAUGACAGAACGUAUUUUUGAACAGGACACCAUUCCAAAAUUGCCGAAAUUCAUUUCGUUCAUGGAAAAGGUGGAUGCUGUUAUUGAUGAAAGUUUCUUCCUUGCCGACUAUGUAGCAUUGAAUUUGUUUAUGUUGGAUUGCCGUUCGUUGAACAAAGUCAUCGUUACAUUGCUGCAUGAAAUCAAGAAUUUUGUUACGGAUUAUUUUAAGGCGCUGAACCAAAAAGAGAAUCGACGUAUUUGCGAUGAAUUCGAAGAGAUGUCGAUGCAUGCCGGUGAACGACCGAAGGAAACGGCUGAAGUGGUUGCACUGCAAAACUACUUAACCGAAUGCAAAGAGGAGCGCAUCGUUAAACUUAAGGAUGAAAUUAGAAAAGCUGCCGAACGUGUUAUUUUCCUACUGUAUCAUGCGAAUUUCCAUGCCGACGAAAUUUAUUUGAACUCUCGCACCUUUCAAUGGCCACACGAACUCGAACAAGUGCUUGAGUUGAGCGGUUCUCGGUUGAAUGUUGUUCGUGAAAAUUUGGAAGUUGCUCUUAAGGAGAGGCGCACGAAAUUUGAAAACUUUUUGGUCAACGAACGACGCAAAAUGGAAACUUUUCGACUACGCGAAACAAAAGAAUUUCUUUCAUUGGACGAGCUAAAGGAAAAAUGCGAUAUUAGUGACAAUUUCAUGGAAAUAUUGAAGAAAUGUGCAACUGAGGCAGAAGCCAUAAAUGUUGAUGAAAAUUUACUGCAAUUAGAAAUCACUGCAUUUCCAACGCUGCAGGAAAUGGUUGAGAAAAUGGGACCAAUUGAACAGCUCUGGAAGACGGCUUAUAAAUUUGAUAAAUGCCAUGAAAUCUGGUAUUAUGGUCCUUUUGAGAAGCUGAACAGCGACGAGAUUCAUCGUGAUGUUGAAUCAAUGUCAGAAACAAUACUCAAAUUAAUUAAGCAAUUGGCAAACAACCCGCAGGCAAAGCGGAUAGCCGAUCAAGUGCGCAUGAAAAUCGAUAAAUUCAAAGUUUACAUGCCGGUAUUGGAUGCGAUAUGUCAGGAAGGUUUGAGCGAACGGCAUUGGGCCCAAAUAUCGGAAGAAAUUGGCCAAACAGUAAAUCCAGAACUGUUUCCAACGCUAAGCGCCAUGAUUGACAUUGAUAUAUUGAGUAUUGUUGAUCGGCUGAAAGAAAUUGCCAAUGCAGCGGCCAAAGAGUAUGAAUUAAAUGUGCAAUUGACAAAUAUGCAAACCGAAUGGACUAAUGUACAAUUUGAACUCAUUCAAUAUAGAGAUUCAGAUGCAUUCAUAUUGGCUGGACUGGACGAUGUGCAAUCACUGUUGGACGACCAUAUAUUAAAAUCCCAAUCGAUGCGUGGUUCACCGUUCAUUGCUGCUCUGGGCAAACGAGCCACUGAUUGGGAAGAGAAGCUAAUCAAUAUGCAAGAUAUCAUGGAUAUAUGGUUAAAAGUUCAAUCAACUUGGAUGUAUUUGGAGCCAAUUUUCAAUUCGGAAGAUAUCAUGCGGCAGAUGCCGGUCGAAGGACGUAAUUUCAAAGCGAUCGAUCACAUUUGGAGGCAAAUCAUGCAAAAUACAAACAGCGAUCGUCGCGUUCUACACGCGACCGACUAUCCCAAUUUGUUGGAGCUGCUGCGCAAUGCGUUCGCUGACUUGGAAAAGGUUCAAAAAGGUUUAAACACUUAUUUAGAAAAGAAGCGAGUGUUCUUUGCGAGAUUUUUCUUUUUAUCAAAUGAUGAAAUCCUGGAAAUUCUCUCGGAAACAAAAGACCCAAAACGUGUUCAACCGCACUUACGCAAAUGUUUCGAGGGCAUACAUUCGCUUGAGUUCGACCCAAACAACGAAAUCACCGCACUUGUAUCAGCCGAAAAAGAAAUCAUGACACUAAACAAGAAAAUAAAUCCGAAUGCAGCAAAUGGUUUGGUUGAAAAGUGGUUGAAGGAAGUGCAGACGAUAAUGUUGGAGAGUGUUUUAACGCAAAUGAAAGCGGCCUAUGACAGUUAUUGGACAAGCAAACGAAACGAAUGGACUAUGAAAUGGUGCGGUCAAUUUGUUCAGACCGUAUCACGCACAACAUGGACCAAAGAGACGGAGGAUGCCAUUAGUAGUAAUGCCCUAAUUAAAUAUGCGACAAAAUAUAAUGAGUGUAUUGACGAUAAUAUCGCAUUGAUAAGUGAAACUGUAUCGCCUGGAGCUCUGAUAAAUCUCGAGUCGUUGCUAAUUUUAGAUUUACAAGCUCGUGAUAUACUCAACCGUUUGAUUGAUGCUGCUGUCGUAGAUGUCGAUAAUUUUAAUUGGAUUUCACAGCUGCGAUACUAUUGGAAAUAUGAUGAUAUUGAUAAGACUGACAUCAUUUCAGUGUGCAUGCUCUGGUCGGAUAUUCGAUAUGGCAUGGAAUAUUUGGGUAAUAUUUCGCGCCUAAUUGUAACACCACAAACUGAUCGAUGCUUCAGAAGUGUGAUGGAAGCGGUGCGAAUGGGCUUGAGUUCGAUGGCAUUGGGUGCAACUGGUACCGGUAAAACGGAAACAUUGAAAGACUUAACAAAAGCGCUUGGUAAAAAGUCAGUUGUAUUUAAUUGCAUUCCCACAUUGGACUACAUCGUGGUGGGAAAAUUUUUCAAAGGAUUGAUUCAAACGGGAGCAUGGGUCAUUUUUUACGAUUUUAAUUGCAUCGAACCGAACGUUCUGUCCGUCGUUGCCCAGCAAAUGCUAACGAUUCAAAGUGCCAAAGCACAGAGUGCCAUUAAAAUGGUAUUCCAAGAGACGACACUGAAGUUGGAUGCAUCAUGCGCCAUUUUUGUUACAAUAAAUCCCGAUUAUCCAGUUCGGCACAAACUUCCGGACAAUUUGAAAUUGCAAUUUCGAUCGUUUGCUAUGCUGCCACUGGAUUUAGUUUACAUCUUUCAAGUGAUAUUGUUUGCGAAUGCUUUCAAAGAAUCGAAACUAAUGGCCCGGAAACUGGUGCAGCUACACAAACUCAGUGCGGAGCAACUUUCGCAUGCAGAGCAUUAUGAUUUCGGUGUUCGCACAACAAAAUCCAUUGUUAGUUUAGCAAAAAGUUUGAAGCGGCAAGGAGACACCUUGUCAGAAACUCAAGUGAUUUUGAAAGCCAUUCUGGAAGUUAAUUUGCCGAAAUUGAUACCAGACGAUACGAUACUGUUCAAAGAGAUUUGUGCGCAGAUAUUUCCGUCAGAUGCAAAUGCUUUGGCAAAUAUGGAUGUACCAUCCAUACCCAUUGUUAGUUACAUCAAAGCAUGCCUGCGCAAACAUGGUCUUGAGCCCAGUGCAUAUUUCGUGGAGAAAAUUCAACAAAUUUAUCGAAUGCUUGCGAUUAAAGAUGGCAUAAUCAUAGUUGGCGAUUCGAUGAGUGGCAAAACGACGGCGUGGCAAAUGUUAGCUAACACUUUGCGUGACAUCAAAUCGAAUGCGGAUGCAUUGAUGAGUGAACAUGAUGUCAUUUAUCGAAUUAUCAAUCCGAAAUCAAUAUCUAUGAAUCAACUUUACGGUCACAUUGAUCCGGUGACCGGUGAAUGGUGCGGAGGUGUGAUUGAAAAAGUCUUUCGUGAAAUGGCCACAGCAACGCUGGCUCAGUGCCGAGGUUGGCUAGUUUUUGACGGUAUCAUCGACCCAAUGUGGACGGAAUGCCUGCACACCGCAUUGGACAACAAUCGUAAGCUAUGUUUGGCUUCGGGCGAAAUGAUUGAGAAGACAUCGCUAAUGGCAAUUUUAUUCGAAACGGAUGAUUUACAAUAUGCAUCGCCUGCCACUGUGGCACGUUGUGCCGUUGUAUAUGUCGAUCAAUCAAAAGAACAAUGGAGGUGCUUACAUUCGUCUUUUGUGCAUGUGCUUCACCGUAUCGGUUUGAUUGAUAUUUACAUGACGCUAUUCGAAACACUUGUUGAUUGGCUCAUUCCAGCCACUUUGCACAUUCUCAACGAUUGCAAACCCGUACUGAAAGUAUCAUCGACUCAACAAUAUAAAAUUUUCAGCCAAUUUUUCCAAUACUUUGUGGAAAAUCAACAGCAACUCAAUCAAGUUUGGUUUCAACAAACAUUUUUGUACUGUUUAGCAUGGUCUUAUGGAUCGACGCUUCAGAAUGAAGAGCGAAAGAAAUUGGAUCAUCGUUUGCGUAAAGUGCUUCAUGGGUCGGUGGAUGAAUAUCCAAAACCGAAACUUUUUACAUUGAAUCGCGGUCAAAUGUUUCCGGAAAAAAUGCUCAUAACAGACUAUCGCUUUGACGGCGUUGAAACAUGGUGGCCAUGGCUUAAGUCGGAUGACGUCACAUUUAACGAGAGCACACACAUUUCCAAAGCAUUGGUACCGACAAAGGAAUCCAAUACAAUGCUAUAUUGGCUGAACUUAGCCGUGAAAAUUGAACUUCCCAUCGUUCUGAUCGGCGACGCAGCGACCGGGAAAAGUGUCACACUUCGCCAUUUCCUUAAUGAAAUACCAAAAGAGAAAUUUAUAAACAGUGUUUUGAACUUGGCGGCUAAUACAAAACCACAGAAUGUGCAAGAUAUUAUCAUGGGAAAGCUCGAUCGACGGCGUAAGGGAGUGUUUGGUCCACCAGUGGGAAAAAGGGGCAUUGUUUGUACUGAUAAUUUAGCGAUUCCCAUUCGCGAUGAAUAUGGAUCGCAGCCUUCGAUUGAAUUGCUUCGCCAAUGGAUUGACCAUAAAUACUGGGCCGAUUUGAAUGAUUCAUCGAAACUUGAACUUGUUGACUUGUUCCUCAUUGGUGCCAUGAAUCCAGUCGGUGGCAGAAAUCACACAUUUUCCCGAUUCUAUCGGCAUGCAUUUUUGCUAGCAUUUGACUCGUACGAAAUGACAACGGUGAAUCGAAUAUUCACAGCUAUAUCUGAAUGGCAUUUUUCACAAGGUUUUUCGGAUAAGGUGACAUUGUUAGCAAAGACUGUUGCAUCGGCGAUAUGUGGUUUUUACGAACAAAUAAAAAAGGUUCUGUUGCCAACACCUCAAAAGUUCUAUUAUUUAUUUUCAUUGCGAGACAUUUCACGAAUAUUCGAGAAUAUCGCUUUGGUGCCAGCAAAAAAACUAGUAGCACCAGAAAAACUGAUGAGACUAUGGGCCCAUGAAACCUAUCGCGUUUAUUUUGACAGGGUAUCUGAUGCGGAUGAUCAAAAAUUCUUGCUUGACACGUUGACAAGUUGUUGUAGGACACAUUUUAAACUUGACUUGAGCCGAGCUUUUGGCAAACGAAUACCGAUGGGAGCAUAUGUAACCAAUGACAUUAUGCGAAAUUUGAUGUUUGGCAAUUUCAUGGAGCCGGAUGCAGAGCAUAAAACAUACGACGAAAUUGAAGAUUGGAUUAAAUUGGAGAAAAUCAUAAAUUAUUACAUCAAUGAGUACAACAGUUCGGCGGAGAUUCCAUUGAAUUUGACGCUAUUUAAGUAUUCAAUUGAACAUAUCGCAAGAAUGUCACGCGCACUUCAAAUCGCACAUGUAAUUGCCAUUGGGAACGGUGGUUCCGGCAGGAAAACAUCAAUUAAAUUGGCUGCAUGCAUGGCUGGUGCCGAAUUGUUUCAUUUUAACUUCAGAGAGAAUUACACGAUGAAGGAGUGGCGAGAUGACAUGAAAAAUGUUUUGAUGGCAGCCGGUUUGAGUGCACGCAGCACCAUUCUAUUGUAUCCCGAUCCAAAUAUCAAACAUUCAGUCGAAUUUAUGGGCGACAUUGUGACGGUCAUGGAUAAUUCGGAAUUGCCAAAUCUCUUUCAAUCAGACGAUAAAAUCAAGAUAAUGGACGCCAUGCAAUUGGUUGCUAAGAAAUUGGAUCAAGCCAUUGACACAACUCCAGCGGCUCUAUAUAAAUUAUUUGUCGAACGAAUUCGACAAAGUUUGCAUAUAGCCUUGGUAAUCCCUUCAAUUGGUGAUCGAUUCCGUGAUUACCUGCACUGUUACCCAUCGCUCUUGAACUACUGUACAAUUGACCGUUUCCUACCUUGGCCUGCAGACGCUCUGCAGCACAUUGCAGAGAAAUUCGUAAGCAUUAUGGACUUAUCGCAUCCAAAAUUGAGCAAAAAACCAUCUACCGACAGUGAUUCAGGUGAUAAACUUCAAUCGGUUGACCCGAGUACAAAAGCAGUUCAACUGUCCACAUUCGAAAUGAAUUUGGUGAAUGCAAUGGUUUAUUUCAAUUCGACCAUCACGGAGGCAAGCGAACGACUGUUCAAAGAAUUUGCACGUCGAACGUAUGUUACACCUUCUUCGUUUUUGGAAAUGCUUCACCUGUUCAGGGAGUUGUACAAACGAAAGCAUUUGGAAAUCACUUUGAAACGCGAACGAUAUACGAUUGGUUUGGAGAAGCUCGAUAGUGCUGCUGAUCAAGUCACCAAUAUGCAGCAGAAAUUGUUCGACCUACAACCGAAACUAAAGCAAUUGUCAGAUGAAACGGAACAAAUAAUGGUGACCAUUGAACGGGAUACCGCACAAGCCGAGAAGAAAAAAGAAGUUGUAGGUGCUGAUGAAGCAGCGGCGAAUGAGGCAGCCGCCGCUGCUCAAGCCAUCAAAGAUGACUGCGAUAGUGAUUUGCAGGAAGCGAUUCCAGCAUUUAAUGCCGCACUCGCUGCUCUGAACACUCUCAAACCGCCCGAUAUAACCAUUGUAAAGUCUAUGAAAAACCCGCCGUCAGCUGUUAAAUUGGUACUUGAAGCCGUUUGUGUGAUUCGAGGCAUAAAACCAGAUCGAAAAUCCGAACCAAGCGGUAAAAUUAUCGAAGACUAUUGGAGUGCUUCACUGAAAAUGUUGAGCGAUUUAAAAUUUUUGGAAAAUCUAAAAACCUUCGACAAAGACAAUAUUCCAGUGGGAACGAUGAAACGUAUUCGAGAAAAAUACAUAUCCGACCGUGACUUCAAUCCGGACAAAGUGAAAAAUGUUUCGACGGCUUGUGAGGGACUUUGCAAGUGGAUUCGUGCAAUGGACAUUUAUGACAGAGUUGCACGUAUAGUGGCACCAAAGCAACAGGCACUGACCGUGGCCGAAUUGGAAUUGGCUGAUCAAAUGGAGAAAUUGAAUUCGAAACGAACGGAGCUACAAGUGAUUCUUGACAAAUUGCGUGGAUUAAAUGAUUUCUUUGCGGAAAAAUCGAGACAGAAAAAGAAUUUAGAAGAUGAAAUUGAUAAUUGUGAAAAGAAAUUGGAUCGGGCGGAAACGUUGCUUAGUGGUUUGAGUGUGGAAAAAGUUCGAUGGUCGGAGAUUGCAAGCACGUUACGUAUUGCAUUGGAUAAUGUAAUUGGUGAUAUUCUCUUGUCGAGCGCUUUCAUCGCAUACUUGGGAUGUUUCCCAAAACCGUACCGUGAUAACUUGCUGAGCAGCUGGAUUGGUAAAUGUGUGGAAUAUGAUAUUCCAUGUACGGGCGAUUUUAGGUUGCGUUCAACAUUGAGUGAGCCGUCCGAGAUACGAUGUUGGACUACAUCGGAAUUAUCGGUCGAUGAUUAUGCCAUUGAAAGUGCAAUCAUUGUUAAGAAUUCACAUCGUUAUCCACUGAUAAUCGAUCCACAAGAUCAAGCAAACAGAUGGCUGCAGAAUGUUGAGAAAGCAAAUGGUUUACGUGUGGUUCAAUACACCGAUGAAAAUAUGGAUAUUUUAAUCGAUGCAAUCUCCAACGGGUGUUCAGUUCUCAUAGAAAAUAUCCAUGAAUCGAUCGAUACACCGUUGCUGCAAAUUUUCGAGCGCAACAUUGUGACGCAAAAAUCAGGCAAAUGCGCCAUGUUAUGUUCGAAUCAGUUGAUUGAAUACAAUGACAAUUUUCGCUUGUAUGUAACAACAUGUUUACCAAAUCCGCAUUAUUUGCCCGGAAUCGCAUCGAAAAUUGUUUUGAUUGAUUUUACGUUAACUGAAGCGGGACUAGAGCAAAAAAUUCUCACAACAAUUAUCGGCGAAGAGCGAAUGGAUUUACAGGAGCGCAAAGGGAACCAUAUUGUUGAGAUGGAAAAAAAUAGCGAUUUAUUGUAUAAACUUGAAUCGAAUAUACUUGAAGUGCUUUCAUCGUCCGAUGGGAAUAUUUUAGAAGAUGAAAAUGCCAUUAAUAUCCUGUCGACGAGCAAAACUAUGUCAGAGGAAAUUCAAGUGAAACAAAUAACUGCCGUUACGGUGGGAAAACAAAUCGAUUUGGAGCGUGCUGAAUAUUUGGUGGCUGCAUGUCAUGCUUCCAUCUUAUACCGUUGCAUCGUACGCUUGACGUCGAUCAAUUACAUGUAUCAAUAUUCGUUAAAUUGGUUUGUCCGUAUGUUUGUGGAGAAUGUACGCGCGACGCCGAAGCGACAUCAAACGCUGUCACAACGUCUCAAAGAAAUCAACAGCAAUUUAACGAAACGAGUCUAUCGAAAAACUGCUGACACAUUGUACAAACAGGAUCGACUGCCUUUUGCAUUGUUGAUAUGUAUUGAAAUGAUGCGAAUGCAGGGCUUAAUCCAUGACAACAACGAAUUGCAAUUUCUACUAACAAACGAAUAUGAAAGCAAGCUAUAUCGUCAACAAGAUGCCGUGCUAUCAUUUGAUUGGAUGAGUAUUGAAUCAAAACAUCUUCUGCAGCAAGUCAUCAAGUUGGCAAGUUUGUCGCAUCUCUGCGAUGAUAUUACAAAUGACGAGGAAAACUGGAAAGCUUUUUAUGCAUCAUCGAAUGCAAUCGAAGCAACGAUACCAAAGCCGUAUGGGAACAGUACAAAUCAGCUUAUAAAGCUCAUUAUUUUCAAAUGCCUUCGACCCGAUGCACUCCAUUCGGCUGUUGAACGAUUUGUUGGGACCUUUGAUGAAACAUUCAUCGACAGCAUAAACAUCGAUCUCAAAUCAGCCUUUGGCAGCAGUACGUCAAAAACACCUCUCAUUUAUUUUGCAUCCACUGGCAUCGAUGCAACGGCUGACAUUCUGAAUUUGGCAUAUGAAAUCAGUUCGGGCGAAAAAUGUAAAACAAUUUCGUUGGGUCAAAGCCAAGGUGCGAUUGCAGAGAGGAUGCUAAUGGAAGCGAUGACAAACGGGAGUUGGAUUAUAUUCGAAAACUGUCAUCUGGCAAGCGAUUGGAUGAUAAAAUUGGAAUGUCUGUACACCAAAUUGUUGAAAUGGAAUGAAAUUAGUGAUGAUUUCAGAGUUUGGUUUGUCCUAAGCCCCACUGACACAUUCCCAUUGAUAAUUCUGCGGGAUGCCAUCAAAAUUGUCAUCGAACGACCUGCGAAACUGCGUGAAACAAUGAUUGAACAGUAUUCCAUCGAACCGCUGAGCACAGACAAAUUCUUUAACAAUGCAUUCACAGCACCAUUGGCAUCCGCUUGGUAUCGAUACGUUUUCGCUUUUAACGCUUUCCAUGCCGUUUCGAUGGAGCGAACUUCAUUCGGAUCGAUUGGAUGGUCUCAACCAUAUGAUUUCUCUGACAGCAUUCGAAAACAUUCACUAUUCCAGCUGCGAAAUUUUGUAAAACAAUGCGGAUCGAUUCCAUAUGAGAACUUUUUCUACUUGGUAGACGACUGUAACUACGGCAAUGAAAUCAUCGACUUUUGCGAUCGUCGACUACUACACAACUUACUCAAGCAAUUUUGUAAUGAAAAUGCGGCCACACAAGAUCACUAUACAUUUUUCGAUUCAGCAACUUUGCGCAUUCCGUCCGAUGCAAAUCGAGAAAAUAGCAUUGAAUAUUUAAAAAGUCUGCCAUUGAACAUUGCACCAUGCGAACUGGGACUGCACAAUAAUGUCGAGUAUUUGCGAAAUGCAGAUGAAGGCAAAAAUCUGUUGCAAACUGUUUACACGACACAAAUCGACCAUUUUUCACUAAUGACCCAUUCAAUGAAUACCGAUCAAACUAUCAACGAAACGGUUAAAUACAUUUGCGAUGACAUUUUGAAGCGUUUGCAUUUGGCGGGAGAGUUAAAAGCACCACCGACCAAUAAAAAUCCAUUUGGCGUUAUGUUGAAGCGUGAAGUCAAGAGAUUUAAUGGAUUGCUCGAAUUAAUUAGGCGCUCAUUGAAUGAUUUGAAGAGGAGCAUCAAUGGGUUGGCGAUUGCUGACAAACACUUCAGCCAAACAUUGAUGGAAAUUGCGCAUAAUAAGGUUCCUGCAAUUUGGCACAAGCAAAGCUACUUGACAAUGAAACCACUAUCCAGCUAUGUGGACGACCUUUUCAAACGAAUGGAAUUUUUUCAAGGAUGGUCUCGCCUCGGAGCACCGAAUGCAUUUUGGUUUUCAGCCUUUUAUUUUCCACAAGCUCUCAUUACCACGAUUAAACUGUCCUUUGCCAAACACUCUGGCAUCGAUUUCGAUGAUGUGGAUGUGACACUCGAAGUGAUUCCAUUCGAAUCGAGUCAAAACGAUGAAUUUGAUACGUUCAUGAAGGGUGUUCAUAUGGAAGGUGCGCGAUGGGACCGAGAUGCAAAGUGCAUUAAUGAAGCGUUGAAUGGACAAUUGUACGAUUGCAUGCCACUCAUACUGCUCCAACCGAACAAACGGAGCGAAAUGCAAGAGAGGUGUCUGUACGAAGCACCGGUGUACAGAACGUCGAGUCGACAGAAUGCCACGACGAAGUCGGGGCAUUCAAACAAUUUCGUGACGUUUUUCCCACUCCAGAGCCAAAAACCAGCAAGACAUUGGCUAUUUCGUGGUGUUGCAUUACUUUGUCAACUCGACGAUUAA